CCUUUACCAUUUGAUACGUUGGCAACUAUAUGCUCAACCUUUGAGUAUCGCACUUUGUCUCGAAUAAACAAAAUACGUCUUGGGAGUUUCUUGAAUUCUUACCCAUAAACAAAGCGAUUUUACGGCGGCUUGCAAGCAGGUAGAAAGACAAAAGCGCGUGCUGCAAAUACGUUACGAGGCCAACACUCUUACAUUUCCGCCUCGCUGCAAAAAGCCGUCUGCAUCGCGUUGCGUAUAGCGAAUUGGGUCGCCGCGUCGGUAUGGUGCGCGAUAUUCUUCUAUAUAUCCUUUUAAUCGUUUUAUUUUGCCUGAUUUUCAUGGCGCAAUUACUUGUUAAUGUCUACGCUUUCCAACGACAACCGCCCACCACGAAAUCAGAUCGUGCAGACAUUAUUUUUGUGUAG